UCUGCAAGAAGAAAUGUUCAGAUAAUGAGAUUUUUAGUGAGAAUGUCGCGCAGAUUUUUCAUUUCGAGAAUCAAAGUGGCGAAGUGCAUCGAAAGUUAUGUCAAGGAAUAAUCGUCAUUGAGACUAUCUAGUGGUUAUUUAUUUAAUUUAAUCGCUGGUGAAAACGAUCAGUGUGUAUACCGUUUGGGAAACUUCAAUAGGGAUUUGUGCAAGAGCGGAAUCGAUGCACCGUUGAUAUUUGUGUUUCGCAGAACACAAGAACACCCAGCUCAUGCUCUUGAUUAUUUUUAGCAGAUAAUCGUGCGUCGGGAAAAAGGCGCAUUGUGUCGACGAAGAUAACUUGUUUUAUCAGAAAUAUCGUCAUACUUCCUUUGAAUUUUAUUUACGCACCUCCAUCAUCAGCCCAAUCGUUUCUCGCGUUACAAUUGUGUGAUAUACAGUCGCGAUAGAAGAAAAAACUAUACGUACCGUUAUAAAAAUUAAUAUACUAUAAAAUUAACUUUAAACUGUGCUAUUAUAUUACUGAAGAAGAACGCACAGUGAUAAUUGAACCCUCGCGAAAAUACACAGUGCGUUUUGGAGAAUGAAAUAAACUUUCGUCUUGCUCGUCAAAGUGUUCGUUCAAUAUAUCGUAAGAGAGGACGAUACCGCAGUUUUGACUUCGCCAUUAAUGCUCCAAAGACCGAUAAAAUGGAGCUCCCGUGCAAGAGAAGGCAUCUCUGGCAACCGUGGCUUAAAGUUGAUAGCCUCCGACUGCCUCGCAAAUCGGAAGAGGAGAGACCGAAGGUGACGAAUUUGCAUCGGAAGCCAAGCAGCGCGUGGCGCAAGGAACGUAGGAGAGAUCCGAUUCAAAGCGAAGCGUUGGACAUGUCAGCAGGAAGAACGAAUCAUCACCACAGCAGACCGAGUGUAAUCGUUCCUACCACGCCGCAAGUUGGUAUCACAAUCGAGGAUACUGCUAUGACGCCUACGCCGACGACGACGCCUACCGCGGCCUCGGGUGGACAGAGGACCGGCAUCAGGACGGCGGGUGGCGUCAGCGAUCCCGCGAUCGACGAGCACUUCAAACGGUCUCUGGGUCCGAAGAAGUACGCGGCUGUCUUCAACGCCACUACUCCUAUGGACAAGGAAACCGGCCUGACUGUUGACGAUCAUUUCGCGAAAGCGCUCGGCGAGACCUGGACGAAGCUUCAGGCAAUCAAUCGAAACAAGGAUUCCACCUAACUACCGGACAGACUCGCCGGAAAUCUUGUCAUCCUCCUCGUCAUUGUCCUCGCUGUCGCUUGACGACCAUGGUAACCCACUCGGGUGAAAUCGUUCCAGUCUCGCUAAAUAGACAUUAAUGAUAAGUCAUAAUCGAUAAGAAUUAGCCGAAUUCGCGAUUGUAUUCGAGGAAUCUGCGUCCAAAUAAAAUUGCAAUUAGGGACUAAAAAGAUUUGAAUAAGGAUAAAUAAAGGGAAAUAAACGCGCACGCUAGGAUACGAUCUUGAUAAAAUGCAUCUUCAAACCGGGUUUUUGUAUCGGUACUCGACAUUUUGGGAAAAAGGAUAUAAGUAAAAAGUUAAAAAAUGAUGGACUAAAUAGUUAGAUACUAUUUAGCGUUCCAAAUAUUAAGUACUUUCUUAAGUUUAUCGAUUCGCUCUUCAAAUGUAAAUUACAUCUUUUACAAAUAAAACGUGAAUCUGGCUUUAUAAAUUUAAAUCUUUAUAUCUUUUCUUAUAUUCGAAUUACGAUAUUUUUUUCUCUUUUAUUAAGUAUAUCUUAUGAGUUUCAUCUUUUAGAAUUCGUAAUUAUACACUUAUACAUUUUUUCCACCCAGAUUCUUUCGUAGACAUUUUGUUUUAAUUGAUACGUACCGCGUUGUGUAAGCAGGGUAUCAAGUGUCCUUGAUCUUCUCGCUUUUCAACUGGGUGCUCGUUGUCGUCGCUUUUUCGUCAGACACGCGUUUAAGAAGACAUCAGGAAAGUUGACCUGUUGCACGCUGUAUUUUAUACGGGCGUAUUUAAUAUUAUUAUUGUAUAUAGGCACAUAUUCCUUUACUACGCCAUCGCCACAGUCAUUACCAUAUAGUUCCGAAUUGUGUAUGAAUAUAAAGUUAUUUAUUAUAAUGUUUCGUAUUUCCUCGCAAAGUACUAUGUUUAUAUAUAUAUAUAAAUAUAUAUACAUAUGUGUAUGUAAUAUUUACGUAAGCGUAUGACAUUGUACGUCCACUCCUGGGGAACAAUGAUACGGCCCUUCCUAGUACAAGUAAUUUCAAUAAAGCACCAGCUAUUUUGUAAUUCGAUCGUGUAUAAUUCGCCGAAUGCCCGAUUGCACAUAAUAAAAUUUCCUCUUAAUUAAAUCGAGCGGAGCUACUGACGAAUAUUAAAUGAGUUUUACAACUAGAAACACUAAAUAUUUAUGAUACCUAUUGCGUAAUUAAUUACAUCCGCAAAAUGCAGGGAUAUGUCGCGCGCGCAAAACAAUUUAAACAACUAUGACUCUUUUAAUUCGUCCCAACUAGGAGGGUUGGAUCAUUGUCCAGGGGUGCAUAUUAUAAUAACAACGUUAUACCGGAGAGAUCUCCUCGUGAGGGAGACACGCGGGAAGCGAAUAGAAAGAACUGUAAUUUAACAAAGCAGGGCACCAUGUUAGUUAUAAAUAUUGUAUAAGUGUCACGUGUUUGGGCCACCGAGCCACGCUCGAAGCUGUAAAGAUAAAAACAAUUGAACGGAAUAUGUACAGGCAAAUGAUGACAAUGAUGUAUAAGAAAGAUUAAAAGGAAAGAUGUUUAAUUAUU